CAAUUCCCGUUCCCCCCCCCGGGGGGGUCAUGGGGGUCCCGGCGCUCGUGGCGCUUCUGGCGGCGGCUGCGCUGGGAACGGGAACGGGAACGGGAACGGGAACGGGAACGGGAACGACCGGUCUGUGGCUGCUGGAAGCCCCCCCAGAACACAUCAGCAGCUCCGGGAGCCUCAGUCUGGUCCGGUGCCGCGUGCGGGGGGAGGGGCCAGGGCCCCCCCCGGAGCUGGGAUGGAGCCGGGAGGGGCUCCCGGUGCCUGGGACACUGACGUGUCCUGGUGCAGAGCGGGGAGGGGGCCUGGAUGGGGGUCACCCAGCUCAGGCUGACACCAGUGCUGAGCUCCCACUCAGGCCGGUACCGGUGCUGGGCCCGCGCUGGGGGGCAGCAGCUGCUGUCACCGGAGGCACAUCUGGAGCUGGCCGGUCUGCCGCAGUUCCAUGAGGAGCCGCAGGACGCGCAGGUGCCGCUAGGUGGCGCUCUCACCCUCCGCUGUGGGGCACGAGGACCCCCCGAGCCCGUCAGCAUCCGCUGGCUGCGGGACGGGCGCCCCCUGGAGGGGCCGGCGGCCAACGGGAGCGGCACACUGCGCAUGCGCGGUGCGGGGGGGAGGGGCACGCAGGGACCUAUAGGGAACAAUAGAGACCUAUAGAGACCCAUAGAUACCUAUAGAUACCCCAUAGAGACAUAGAGACC